CAACUCAACAACAACCACCUCCCUCUUUUCCCAAAUGGAUCCACUUGUCGAGCUAUUUGUGAAAAUCGGACUUUCCGAACAAAAGGCUAAAGAUACAGCCAAAAACAAGAAAUUGUCUCCCACCCUCGAGUCAGUAAUCGAUGAUGCCAACGUGCGCGCCAAUGGAUGUGACAAGGACCUCGGCAUCCUUCUUUACCAGCUCGCUACCACCAUCACCAAGGAUGCCGCUCAACAUCGUGCCUAUAUUGUAAACAAGAUUGUCAAGGGUGACCUCAAGACAACUGACCAAGUGACAGCUGCUAUUAAGUACGCAGAUAAUGUUCAAACUAUUAACGAGGCCGAUUUCAACGAAGCUUCUGGUGUUGGCAUUAUCGUUACUCCCAAUGAUAUCCAAAAGGCUGUCCAGACAUACCUGGAUGCCAACAAAGAAACCAUCCUCAAGGACCGUUACAAGACUCUCGGUCCUACUCUUGCAAACGUACGCAAGAUAUCUGCCCUCCGCUGGGCUGACGGUGGUAAGGUUAAGCAAGCAAUUGAUGAAGGCUACCUUGCCCUGAUUGGUCCCAAGGAUGAGCGUGAUGUGCCUCAAAAGAAGAAGAAGGAGCCCAAGGCUGCUAAGGCACCUGCUGCUGCUUCUAAUGCCAAGCAAGAGUCCAAGCAAGAGUCCAACAAGACUGAUGUGGCCAACAUGUUCUUUGAGGGAGAGUUAGCUCGCUUGCACAAGCCCGGAGGAAACAAGCAGAUCAAGCCCGAAUUGAUGGCUGAGCAUCUCAAGGCCACUGGUGGCAAGGUCGUCACUCGUUUCCCCCCUGAGCCCAACGGUUAUUUGCACAUUGGACAUGCUAAGGCCAUCAACGUCAACUUCGGUUACGCAAAGGCUCACAAUGGCAUUACAUACCUGCGUUACGACGACACCAACCCCGAGGCAGAAGAAGAAAAGUACUUUUUGUCGAUCUUGGAGACCGUGCGCUGGUUGGGAUUUGAGCCUUUCAAGAUUACUUACUCGAGUGAUUACUUCCAGCAGCUUUAUGAGCUCGCUCUCAAGUUGAUCCGCAAGGGACUUGCUUACACAUGUCAGUGCACUGGUCCCCAGAUUCACGAGCACCGUGGUGGCGACAAUGGUGGACCACGUACUGCAUGCGAGCACCGUGACCGCCCUAUUGAAGAGACACUCGAGCAGUUCCAGAAGAUGAAGGAGGGUAGAUACAAGGAGGGAGAGACAACCCUGAGAAUGAAGAUGAACCUUGAAGAUGGAAACCCCCAAUUCUGGGAUCUGAUUGCCUACCGCGUGUUGUACACACCCCAUCAUCGUACUGGCUCUGAUUGGUGCAUCUAUCCCACCUAUGAUUACACACAUUGCCUUGUUGAUUCGUUUGAGAACAUCACCCACUCGCUCUGCACCACUGAAUUUAGACAGUCCCGAGAAAGCUAUUACUGGCUUGUGGAUGCAGUUGAGGUGUACAAGCCUGUCCAGUGGGAAUAUGGACGACUCAAUGUUACUGGUACAAUCAUGUCCAAGCGCAAGAUUCUCAAGAUGGUCACGAACAACUAUGUGACGGGGUGGGAUGAUCCUCGUCUGUACACUCUGGUUGGUCUGCGCCGUCGCGGUGUUCCCCCAGAGGCCAUCAACACCUUUGUUCUUGAGUUGGGUGUCACAACCUCGGUUUCGAAUAUCGAUGCGCUUCGCUUUGACGCCAAGACUCGCGAGUACCUGGACCGUAGCACACCUCGUCUGAUGGCGAUCUUGAACCCUAUCAAGGUCGUUCUUGAAAACUUGCCCGAAGACUACCUCGAGGAGAUCGUGGUUGCCAACAAGCCCAAGGAUCCUAGCUUUGGAGAACACAGCGUGCCUUUUACGCGUGUGGUCUACAUUGACGGCUCUGAUUUCCGUGAGCAGGAUUCUAAAGACUAUUACCGCAUGGCACCUGGAAAGUCUGUUGGACUUUUGAAUGUCAAGUACCCCGUGCGUUGUGUUAGCGUCCAGAAGAAUGCCGCUGAUGGCUCGAUCACCGAGCUGGUCUGCAGAUACGAGAACGACAUUCCUUUCAAGAAGCCAAAGACCUACAUUCACUGGAUCGCAGAGUCGCCCAGACACAACUCGCCUGUGCGACUUGACGAGGUUCGCCUCUAUGAACCAUUGUUCAAGCAUGCCAACCCUGAUUCUGCCGAGGGAGGAUUCCUAAAUGAUAUCAACAGUCAUUCACUGACUACUGUGACCGGAGCUAUUGCUAGCGUGGGUAUCUAUGAUCAGAUUGGCAGCUGGGCCGCUAAGACCGGAGGUGCUGAUAAGGAGAGCAUGCGCUGGCAGUUUGUCCGGACAGGUUACUUCUGUCUUGACAAGGACACUGAGUUUGACCUCUCCAAGAUCACCAAUGGUCAGGUGAGAGAAGGUUUGGGCCGUUUGGUAGUCAACCGAACGGUGACAUUAAAAGAAGAUGUUGGUAAAGCUUAAAUAAUAUUAAGGGAUUAUUUCCUUUUCUUUUAAUAACAAUAAAUUAUGAUAAUAAAUUAUUAUCGUUGUUGCUGUUGUGUAUGUGUCUUU